UCGCAGGCGGAUGACGUGUAUUUAUGGCUCGCCUGCUUUCUAGGAGCUCGCAGUCACUACUUGCAUCGGACAACCGUGUUGAGAUUACUUUGACGCCUCAAGAACAAGGAAAACAGCAGAAGUUUCGAAAGACAGAUACAGAUGCCUUGACUGUACAGAGAGUUGUCUAAUGGUCUCCUGGCUGUCCGUGUGAGAAGAGGAUCUUAGAAGAGAAGAGCAGACACUUGCCGGUAGAGAAGAGUUUGACACAGAGAAUGGCCUCCGCGGGCAAUGACGGCGCGGAUGAAAGAGUAGUGCCUAUUAAACAAGAGGACUCCCAAUGGGGCACACCAGGGGACUUGUCUGUGAAGCUGGAGGACUGCGAAGAAAGCAUUUCAGUUUUCAAAGAAGAGGAGUGCAAGGAGGAGACUGCUGACGUUAAAGCCGAAGACUCGGAAGAUGUCUCGGUUAGUCUUGAACUGCAAAACCUGGAAACUGGAGAGCGUUUCAAACGAGAGACUUCUGCAGAAUCUCAUUCCAGUUUACAGCAUUGGGUCACCAAAGCAGGGCAACUGGCUACCUGGCCGAAUUCUGCAGAACUGAAAUCCGAGUUUUCUGAGUUUGAAGAGAGAAUCGGUGAAGGAAACCGGAAAGUUGAGGAGCAGCUGCCAUUUAGGAGUGGUGGAAUAAUAACAUUUCAGAAGAAUUCCAGCAUCUCUACUUCAUUAGCUGAGUCCUCUCUUGAGUGCAGAUUUCAACACAAACAAGACAAGCAGAAGAUGAAGAUGGCAACAAGAGGAUCAGAAAAUUUGACCCCUGCACCUUUCCAGUGUGGUUCCCUUCCUGCUGCCAAAUGCGCACAGAUGGAAGCUAUUAACACUGAGCAACAACAAGUUUUUAGUACAGACCAAGAAGCAUUACACACCAGCGAGGAGUGUGGGAAAACUUUUAAAAAUGAAUCAGACUGUAAAGAUGUGUCCAUUCAUUCAACUAAGAAAUCGUAUGUCUGUCCUGAAUGUGGUAAACUAUUUCUGCAACGAAGCAGUCUAAACAGACAUAAAAGAAAUCACUCUGGAGGGAAAAAACCCUGUUGUAUGGAGUGUGGCAAACGAUUCUCUAGUAACAGUGCUCUUCAGCAGCACGCACGCGUUCAUACUGGAGAGAAGCCGUACUGCUGUGCUGAAUGUGGUAAAAGAUUUUCUUAUAAAAGCAAUCUUCAAAGUCAUUCAAAAAUUCACAGUGGACUCAAACCUUAUUGCUGUACUGAAUGUGGUAAGGGGUUCUCAAUAUUAAGUGGUUUUCGUAACCACUUAAGAAUUCACAGCGGAGAGAAGCCUUAUUGUUGCAGUGAAUGUGGAAAACGGUUCAUACUGAAAAGCGGCCUACGCAGUCACAUCAGAAUUCACACUGGAGAGAAACCUCAUUGUUGUUCGGAAUGUGGCAAACGAUUCCUUGAUGGUAGCUCUCUUCAGAAGCACACACGAAUUCACACUGGAGAAAAGCCGUAUGUGUGUUCGGAAUGUGGUAAAGGAUUCACGGAUAAUAGCUCUCUUCGGAGUCACAUGCAAAUUCAUACUGGGGAGAAGCCACACUGGUGUUCUGAAUGUGGUAAACGAUUCUCUAAACCUAACUCUCUUCGGCAGCACAUACAAAUACAUACUGGAGAGAAGCCAUAUUUCUGUCCUGAAUGUGGUAAGCGAUUUUCACAAAGAAGAGGCCUUAAGUACCACUUAAGCAAUCAUGCUAAAGAGAAGAGAAUCAAAGCUAAGCCAGCAGUGCGAAAACAGCAACGGAUACUGUGCCGGGGCACGGAGGAUGACAAGUCUUAUCAAAAGAAACUUCCGGGAUUUCUGGUCUCCCUGCCAAUUACUAUCACUCUGUGCAAACUGCAAGAAGAGGCAGCACAAGGGACAGUUCAGGUACUGCAGCAAGGUCUUGCUGCAAACUUACAGGAGUACCCCCCAGGCAAGGACUGUCUACGUGAGAAGAGAUUCUUAGAAGAGAAGAAGAGCAGACAUUUUAGGAGAGAGAGAGAGAAGAGUUUUCCACGGAGCAUGGCCUCGGCCAAUGAGAAUAGCACGAAUACACUAUUGGCACACAUUAAACAGGAGGAUUGUGAAUGGGGUGCAGCAGGGGACUUGUGUGGGAAGGUGGAAGAUAAUGAAGGAAGCGUUUCAGGUUUUACACAACGGGAGUGCAAGGGGGAGAUUAUUGACAUUAAAACUGAGGACCCUGAACACGUGUCUGGUGGUCUUGAACGGCAAAACCAAGACACUGGGCAUUUUUUGAAGCAAGCUCUUUGUGGAGAGUCUCAUAGCGGUUUACAGCCCCAUUUCACUAAUAAGGGACAACCGGCUGUCCAGCAGAAUUGUAUGGAAGUGAAAUCUGAGUCAUCAGUGUUUGAAGUGAAAAUGACCGAAGGGAAGGAGAGAGAAGAAGAGGAAGAGGAGCAGCCGUCAUCUGGAAUUGUGCGAAUGAGUUUACAAGAGAACGGCAGCUGCUCCCAGUCGCCAUUUGCUAAGCCGUCUCACGAGUGCAGACUGCAACACAAACUAGACGAGGAGAUGAUGAAGAAGUCAACAAGAGGAUCAGAGAACCUGAUAGCAGCCUCCUUCCAGUGCAGUUCUCUUCCUGUGAGGGAAGUCCUCAACAUUGACCACCGACAAGUGCGUACCACAGAUCAGGAGGCUUUGUGUGCUGAACGAGACUGUGGACAAACUUAUAAGAACAAGUCUGAUCUCAAUACAGUUCAUACAAGACCAAAGCCAUAUUGUUGUUCCGAAUGUGGCAAAAGAUUCCUCCAUAAGAGCAGUUUGCCAGCACACACAAGAAUUCAUACUGGAGAAAAAACACAUUGCUGUUCUGAGUGUGGCAAGCAAUUUUCUGGCAGUUACAAGCUCGAAAGACAUAGAAGAAUCCAUACUGGAGAAAAGCACUAUGGCUGUGCUGAAUGUGGCAAACAAUUCUCCAGCAAAGUUAAUCUUCAGAACCACACAAGAAUUCAUACUGGAGAAAAGCCAUACUGCUGUAAUGAAUGUGGAAAGAGGUUCACGGAGAGUAGCCAUCUUCAGAGGCACAAAAAAAUCCAUGCAGGAGAGAAGCCAUAUGGCUGUUCUGAAUGUGGAAAACAGUUCACUAUCAAUAGCAAUCUUCAAAGUCAUAAAAGAAUUCAUACUGGAGAGAAGCCCUAUUGCUGUUCUGAAUGUGGCAAACAGUUUACCAGCGGGAGCAAUCUUUGGCAGCACAAACGAAUUCAUACCGGAGAGAAACCCUAUUGCUGUUCUGAGUGUGGCAAACGAUUUCUCCAUAAUUUCAGCCUUCAGGCGCAUGUAAGGAUUCAUACUGGAGAAAAGCCAUAUUGCUGUAAUGAGUGUGGAAAACGAUUCACGGAGAGUAGCCAUCUUCAGAGACACAGAAAGAUUCACACGGGGGAGAAGCCGUAUGGCUGUUCUGAAUGUGGGAAACAGUUCACUAUCAAUAGCAAUCUUCAGAGUCACAGAAGAGUUCAUACUGGAGAAAAGCCCAUCUUGACAUCCUACCAAUUGCAAUAACUUCUUAAGAACUGCAAAAUGAAGCCUUAUUAGGAACAAUGCAGGUGUUGCAUCGAGUCCUUGCUGCAAACUUAAGAGAAUAAUAAAUAAUGCAGUACAAUUCAACUCUCCUUACUAAAAAGUGAGGUUCACUCCUGUGAUGACAGUAGCACACCCAGACGAUUUAGAGACAUUAAAUCUGAGAAAGGCCACAUUGCUGUUCUGAAUGUGGCAAAUGAUUCCUCCAAUGGCAGGUCUUCAGGCACACGUAAGAAUUCAUACUGAAGAAAUACAGAUUACAUGUACAGGGCUACGGUCAUUGGACUACCCAACAGACCACCGCAUACAGCGCUUACUUCAGUAUGAAGCAGUCAAGCCUAAAACAACAUCGAUUAUUACGGUCGGCCAAACAUUCAGAAGCAGCAAAGGCCAGACUGACAAGCCACCACCGUGUACGGAGACCACAGUAUUGCAUCUGGCACCACAUCAAAAACAAGAAUACGCCAGGACUGACCAACAGAAGAGCACAGAUAUAGCAGAAAAUGUGCAGACCACCUGCUCCAGACCCAUGCAGACCAAGAUUUAACCCAUGGAUGGCUCACAAGGAAUGAGUUGAAA